GAAAUCCACUUCAGCUGUUCAAAAACAUUUCGAGUCACAUUUAAUUAUUAAAAUAAUGGAUAAUGAACACGGAUCCGAACUGGGUACCCAGGAAUAUUGGGAGUCUAGCUAUAAUCGCGAGAUUCGGAACUACAAGAGCCACGGAGAUGUAGGCGAAAUCUGGUUUGACGAGGACUCACAGCAGCGUGUAAUUGACUGGCUGCUGAAGCAGGAAGAGAUCUGCAAGCAGACAACAGUCCUAGACGUGGGAUGCGGCAACGGAAUGUUUCUUGUGGGCUUAGCCAAUGAAGGGUUUAGUCAGUUGACCGGGGUAGACUACUCGCCCAAAGCCGUAGAGUUGGCCCAGAAUAUUGCGCAGGACAACAACCUGAGCAUAACCUACAAGGUCGCGGACUUGACUCAGCUGCAGAACGAGCUGGGGACAUUCGAUGUGGUGCACGACAAGGGCACCUUCGAUGCCAUCAGUCUAUGCCCGGAUAAUCCCAAGGAGAAACGCGCUCUAUACCUGACCACGGUUGAGAAGCUGUUACGAACUGCCGAUAGCCUUUUUAUAAUAACCUCCUGCAACUGGACAGAGGAGGAGUUGGCGACUAACUUUGGUGAAAAGUUUGUUAGGCAUCACACCAUUCCCACACCGACUUUUAAAUUUGGUGGCAAGGUGGGCAAUGUUGUUACCUCAGUUGUAUUUAAGAAGCUUUAAAUAGAGAAUGUUUGAAAUGUACAUUAUAUAUCUAUAACCGUUAUCUUUAUUGUGAUGGGUUGUUUCAAGAAAACAAAAUAAAUAGUUUUAAAAACA